AUGAGAAUUAUUGUUCGCAGUCUUUGGAGUUCCGCUAUUAAGCGAACAAAGAAAGUUGCUCCAACAAGCUAUGGAGACACCGGUAUUGUUGAUUCUGACCGAUAUCGCUUGUCAAUCAAGGCCGGAUGUGGAGGUAAAGGACUACACAGAUAUAACGGAGUUGGUGGUAAUGGAGGCAAUGUGUACGUUGUGCCACAGCCCAAGCUUCUUUUUCGCCAGAUUCAUCAGCGUUUAAAAGGCAGGCACCUUGUUCGAGGAGGUAAUGGAGAAAACGCUAUAGAAACGAAAUUGGUGGGCUCCAAAGGGACUGAUGCGGUGAUCUCUGUCCCUAUUGGUAUUGAUGUCGUUAAUACCCAAACAAAUGUAUUGCUAGCCAGGUGUACCAAACCAUUUCAUCGUUAUUUGUUAGCAGAAGGCGGGCAAGGCGGCAGUGCUGAAACUGAUUACUGGUUAGGCUUUUCUGAUGUCCAUGAUAUCUAUUUUAGCGGUUUGAAAGGUGAUAGCUUAGUGGUAGAUCUUCAUUUGAAGCUUCGACCAAAUGUUGGUUUAGUUGGUUUUCCGAAUGCGGGGAAAUCGACUCUUUUAAAAGCCCUUGCUCCUAAAAAAAAUAUCAAGAUUGCCAGUUAUCCGUUUACAACCUUAAAGCCACAGUUAUGUUUUUUGGACAAACCACGUGAAACCUCCAGUGUAAAUAAUGAGGAGUUAUAUAGUCUUUCAGUUGCUGACUUACCAGAAAAAGAAUUCGGUAUCGCACUUAACCGUAUUUCAGGAGUAAUUGAAGGAGCAAGCAGCAAUCGUGGGAAGGGGUUUGCUUUUCUCAAGCAUUUAGAAUAUUGCGAUAUCAUAUUGGUUAUAAUUGAUGUUCACGGCUUCCAACUUCAUUCCUCUUUGAAUUCACCAUAUAGAACAGCUUUGGAAACAGUCGCUAUUUUGAAUGCUGAACUUGAAGCUUACGACCCUUCGUUAGUUCAAAAGCCAUCUGUCAUAGCCUUAAACAAAAUAGACUUGAGUGAUGGAAAGGAGAAGGCUGAAAGGCUUGCGUCAAUUUUGAAAACUAGUGAAUGGAUAGGAUCAAUCUCACCAGAUCUGCGUCCAAAGACUCUUUUGAACUAUAAAGAAGUUGUUUCUAUAAGCGCGAAGAAUGGAAAACUUUUUAAUCUCAGAAACAAUAUCUUCGAUUCUCUUCAUCCUUUGACCGACUUAGCUGACGAUAAUAAUGACUCUGUGUCCAAUAAUUUGCCGCGACUUGUGAGAUGCAUUGGGGAACCAAAAGCAGUGUGA